CGCACAUCAUCCUCGGACUAGCUAGCACUCUUUCUUUCUAGAAAUUGAGUUGGACCAGUCUCAUUAAUUUAAAUUUAAGUCAGCAUAAAAAUGCAGUACCACCAAUCAGAGUCACGCAUGUACUACUCGGAGUCUGUGGAGAGGGUGGUGCGGCUGGCCUCCGGCAGCGCGGUGGUGAUAUUCAGCUUGAGCACGUGCUGCAUGUGCCAUGCAGUGAAGCGCCUUUUCUGUGGGAUGGGAGUCAACCCUACUGUCUAUGAGCUUGACCAAGAUCCCCGUGGCCAGGACAUCGAGAUGGCCUUGUCCCACCUUCUUGGCGGCGACUCUGCCGUGCCUGUCGUUUUCAUCGGCGGCAAACUCGUCGGUGCCAUGGACAGAGUUAUGGCCUCACAUAUCGGAGGCACUUUGGUUCCUCUGCUUAAGGAAGCUGGCGCCCUCUGGCUUUGAGUUCAAUAUUCUUCGCCGUUCACCAUGCUCUCUUUUUUUCUUUUUCUUUUUGGGGUUUUGUGUGUUAAUGGUAAACUAAAAAAGGAAUUAGUUUUCUUGUGUUAGAAAAUUAGUUUGUGGGUGCAAAGGAAAAGAGGCUAAUCAAUUCGCCCCAUUUUCGGAUUGGUGACAUUAAUGCUGCAAUUAUGUGCGGGGUGUCCUUUGUACAGCUAAAUUAUUGUACUGUUACUAUGUCUUCAUAUGGACUACAUUUUUCUCUCUUCA